UCUGACUUCACUUCGGCAGUCAGGCGUGAACCCGUGGUGUUACUGUGCAGAAUGCUUCAGACCCUGAAAAGUGUUAGACACUUGGCCAUGGCAACGAUGAAACAAACCGCGACAGUGUCGGAGUUCAGGAUGCCAGUGCCCUGGGGGGAGAUGAGAGGCCGAGUGUGGGGUCCUGAUCAUGGGCGUCCUGUCCUCUGUCUGCAUGGCUGGUCCGACAACAGCGGCUCCUUUAACACCCUCAUCCCACUGCUCCCUGCUGAUUGGAGGUGUGUAGCUGUAGAUUUGCCUGGUCAUGGCUUCUCCUCUCACAGACCCGCAGGAGUUUUCUACACGUUUCCUGAUUACAUUGUGGAUGUGCGACGCGUUCUUGAAGCUCUACAGUGGAAACGCUGCUCCAUAAUUGGCCACAGUAUGGGUGGAAAUAUCGGUGGAAUGAUAAGUGCACUGUAUCCAGACAUGGUGGAGUCAUUAGUGCUCCUGGACUCCUAUGGAUUUCUCCCAAUAGAUGCGAAAAGAAUGAACAGGAUCAUGUGCAGAGGAAUUGAGGAAAUGCUGGAGUAUGAAAAAAAGGUACCUGAUAGAAAAGAAAGGAUCUACACUUAUGAAGCAGCCAAAGAGAGACUGAAGGCAGCAAAUCGGUUUCUCUCAGACAAGUCAGUAGAGAUUCUUCUAGAGCGAGGAAUCCAGAUGGUGGAUGGAGGAGUGGUGUUCACCAGAGACAUCAGAAUAAACCUGACUAACAUUGUGCGGACUACGCUGGAGCAGUCUUUACAUUUGCAGUCACAGAUAAAUGCUAAAGUGCUAGUGCUGUGGGCAAACCAUGGACUGCAGAAGACUUUUCCACAAGCUGAGGAUUUAGCAGGUCCCUUACUAAAGGGCUGGUCAGGACGAAAUACCUCCUUCGAGACAGUGGAAGGAGAUCAUCAUGUGCAUUUAAACAACCCUGAGAUUGUGGCACCCAUCAUCACUGACUUCUUGCUCUCUGAGACGUCUCAACACUCCGGCAAAGCAUCUGGCAUUAAUCAGGCUCCUAAAUUAUAAAAUCCGUCUGCCACACGUGUGGGUUGUAUGGACUUUUAUAUAAUUAGAGCUGCAUAUAUUCACUUUAGGAAGGUUUUAAUACAAAUAACAGACCUCAUUUAAGAGAUGAGAGUGAGGGUAGAGUUGGGACAGGGAAGAAACUGGCAGUUGGUGCAAAUGUAUAAAUUAGUUUAUAAAUGUUUGAAGGUAUAAUCAGUCAUUUUUGGCUCAUCUUUAUUAAAACAACAUUUGUGAAACCCAUAAUCCAAACAGAAAGAGGUAGAGACACCUGACUGACUUUCUGACUGGUGGGAAGUUUUGAUCAUUUUAAAAAUAUUUUUACUAUAUAUUUCUAAAAACUGAAAUAUGCUUCCCUUCAACCUAAACAGUAUUGGAGCUACGUCGUGUUGUAGCACUUGUUACCUUCAAAAGUAAAAAAGGAUAAAACUGCAUUUAAAGAUUUUAUUGAUGAUUCCUUUGAAUGUGGUGCAGGAGCAUCACAGAUUUUUAUACAGCUGGUAUCUGAUUGCAAACUGAACAGAUUAGCCUUAUGUCUAUAUCACUAAAGCACAUAGCUACACAUAUUUUACUAUUAAUUUACUUUCUCUGUUAGUCCCAAUUAAGAUAGUGUGUCUUUUGUGCUAACACUUUUAGAACAAAAUUAUGAAUACAACAUCUUUUGCACAGUAA